CGCAAGAGUACUAACCUGGAUGUGCCCGAAGCCUCGUCGCAAAGCUCAUUACCUGAUCAAGGGUCCUCCAUCCCAGCAAACAAAGAAUUAGGCCGAGAGAUAUUAAUGAAGCCCAGCAACUCGGCGCCGCCAAGAAUCAUCAUGCCAGCAGGAUCGGACGGGUCGUCGGGCGUUGUUUUGCAGAAGAAGCGCCGUGUGGUGCGUGCCUGCGACAGAUGUCGAAAGCUGAAAAUCAAGUGUUCUGGCGACCUGCCCUGCAUACACUGCACUGUCUACAGCUACGAGUGCACCUACGACCAGCCCAGUCGCGCAAAGAGGAAGAACACCACCGCUAAUGCAGGGUCUCCAUCGGGUCCAUCUGCCAAUUCUCAGCAUCCCCAUCUUCCUACCAACAGCCUGGAGGUGAUGGCGCGGAUGGCCGACCGACUCAAGCUGUACGACGACAUCCUGCAUCGACUACUGCCCGACAUCAAGCUGACAGAUCUCAACGACAAUCCGAAGCCGAUAAACCCCAUGAAGCUGCUCACGGCUAUGAACAAGCUGCGAGAAAAGUCGUGCGACGAAACAAAAUCCUCGAGCAAGACCAUCGCAGAGGAGUACGAAAGGUUGCCGGACGUGCCCCUGCCAACACUGCCCAGCGUGCCGAAGCCUGCCCCUUCCACGACCGCGGUCAAGACCCACGAGUCACCGUCGGAACGCUCGCACUUCUGCAGUCCGCAUGGUGGCGGCCCGCACCAGGGAAUAGACGGUUCGUACGAGUCCAGCAUGGGCAAGGAGAUCAAGAUCAUUCUGCCGUCUCGGGAGGUUGCGCUGAGGCUGAUCACCAAGACUUGGGAAAACGCGUGUGUUCUGUUCCGUUUCUACCAUCGACCCGCCUUCAUUGAGGAUCUGAACGAGCUCUACGACACAGACCCCAGCCAGUACACCAACAAGCAGCAGCGGUUUCUGCCGCUCGUGUACUCAGUCAUGGCCUGCGGCGCCCUCUUUCUUAAGAGUGAUGAGCAGACCAACGGCUCGAAGAAUGGCGAGCCGACCCCUGAGAACGAGGUUUUUGAGGACGAAGGAUACAGGUACUUCAUUGCAGCGCGGAAACUCAUCGAUAUCACUGACACCAGAGACACGUACGGCAUCCAGACAAUUGUAAUGUUGAUCAUAUUUUUGCAGUGUUCAGCCAGGUUGUCGACAUGCUAUGCAUACAUCGGCAUAGCGUUGCGGGCAGCUCUGCGAGAAGGUCUACACAGAAAGCUCGACUACCCGUUCAAUCCAAUCGAGCUGGAAAUCCGAAAAAGAUUGUUCUGGACUAUCUACAAGAUGGACAUUUACGUCAACACCAUGCUGGGGCUUCCGCGGACGAUCAGCGAGGAUGACUUCGACCAGGACAUGCCAAUCGAGCUCGACGACGAGAACAUCACGGUGGACGGCUAUCGCUUCGAAAAACAGGGCGACCGACUGUCGAGCUCGGGCAUUGCCAACGCACAUACGAGACUGAUCUUCAUCAUGAAGAAGAUCGUCACAAAACUAUACCCCAUCAAACCACGAAAGAUAGAAAACGGCCGUCGCCCCGAAUUGAUGACCCACGAUAUUGUAUACCAACUGGAAAUCGACUUACAGGACUGGAUGAAUAGUCUUCCUCUAGAGCUGAAGCCUGGUGUCGAACCUUCAAGCCAGUACCUGAAAGCCAACAGACUUCUUCAUAUCUCCUAUCUGCACGUGAAGAUUAUCUUAUACAGGCCUUUCAUCCACUAUCUUUCGUCGGACCACGUGAAUAGGCCGAAGUCAUCUAAUGAUCUCAAAUGCAUCGAGAAGGCCAAGAAUUGUAUUAACGUGGCCAGAAUUGUGGUGAAACUGGCAGAGGACAUGAUCAACAAGAACAUGUUGAGUGGGUCUUAUUGGUUUUCGAUAUACACGAUUUUUUUCUCCGUCGCAUGCCUGGUCUACUAUGUUCAUUUUGCACCGCCCGUCACGUCUAGCGGAAAUUUUGAUCCCGAGUACAUCGCAAUCAAGAAGGACGCAGAAAGCGGAAAGAGAGUUUUGGACAUUCUGAAGGACAGCAGCAUGGCCGCGCGAAGAACAUACAACAUUCUCAAUGCGCUGUUUGAGGAGCUAAACCGCAAAACUGCCAAUGCCAGCAUCAGCCACGAACCGCCAAACUCUCACUUCCUUACGCCACAAGUUGGAAAGUCUCAAUUCGAGCGUGAUAACCACAAAAAAGAUCAAAUGGCUAUUCCACUGCCACCGCAGAAUAUGAGACCCCCCGAGUACGUGCAACAGCCCUUUAACGGCUACUCAAAAAUGGAAAAUUCAGAGAUCAACAACAUCGUUAAUGGUGUGAAUUUCAUUGAUGGUGUGUCCACCGGCAUUAACCUUAAUCUUCCUUCGAACUCGGAAGUGGAGGACGUCCCGUCGUCAAUAUCUCCUCCAGAUCAGAAUUCCAAAUACAAGUAUGUUCCUGGUCCUAUGGACCAACUGGACAUGAAGAUUUUCGGACGCUUUCUGCCUCCUUAUAUGCUCAAUUCAAAUCAACAGUCGACAGAUAAUACUCCGGAGCCCGAGCCUUACCCAGAGCAGUAUCAAGAGCCGGAAAACGAGCCUCAAAAUGGAACCAUCUUCGGAUCAAUUCCUUCGGGACUGUCUACCGUCUCCCAAUCCCAACAAAACAGCAAAGGUUUUACCGGACUGCCGCCCGACUACCAAGGCCCACCAAAACGUUACGAUUUUGAGGACAUGUUCUAUAAUGACUGGAGUGCAGGCCCUCCAAAUGAUUUUAACCAGAAAUCAUAAUCCAUUUUAAUUAAUAGGUAAUCCAUUUAACAUUAAUCUUACCUACCAGUCAAAAAACAUACACUACAAUACAAUUAACAAUCUAUGCGACCCCCUCAAUCAUCCCAUGACAAUCAAACUCCAUGACCGCGAGACAAAGAGUCUGCGUUUUUCACUCCUCUGCCGCGACCGCGAAUUCCUCUGUUGAGAUUUUUGUAUAAAUCGGCGAAAUAAAGCAGAAGAUCUCUCUCGUUUGGAGGAAGAGCAUCAAUGGAGUUACCUGAGGACGAUAUAUGUGCCAGUUUGUUGGUGAGUUCGUUCAAGGUCUUCAUGUGGAAUCUAUUUUGAUGUGCCUUGAGAUUUCCUAGCUGUGUGAAGCUUUUGUUGCAGUUGUCGAAUUUACACACAAACGGCCUCAGGUUGUUGUGGGUCAGCAUGUGCGCCUGUAGGUUCCCUUUUCUUGAAAACGACUUAUCGCAAACCUCGCACUUAAACGGCUUCUCUCCGGUGUGGAGACGCAAAUGAGUUCUUAGAUUGCCUCCUUGAGUGAAUCGCUUGUGGCAAUAAGAACACUCGUAGGGCUUCAAUCCUAUGUGAGAGCGAAUGUGCACCUCCAGAUGCGUCGACUGAGUAAACUUCUUGUAACAAUAUUGACACUGAUGUUGCUUAUGUCCGCGUAUGUUAGGUUUCUCAACACCCCCAACCAAUUCUACCGGAUUUGGUAGUACAGAGGUGGUGGUUGUCCCUGGGCCGACUUCCUCCAGAAUGGUUCCAUCCUCGGCCUGCUUGAUGUCUCCGGUUAAUCCCUUCUUGCGCGCCUGGAUAACCAGCAUUAAUUGAUCCACCUUUGUUGCGCCUAUCAACGGCCGCCCGUCUUCGGUGUGGAGUGCCUGAUUAGCAGGAACCAAGUUGGCCAUGUUACUGUACUCGGGUUUGACAUUUGGAGCCACCGGCACCAGAUUGUUCGUUGAUUGUUGUAUAUUGGCCUUUUUGCUGACGGGAGACAAUGCGCUGUCCAGAGACCCUGAGUUGCCCGAGCUCACAGAUUCCGGAUUAUAGGCCCCGUGACGUGUUCUGUUGGGCGCACUUUCCUCAUCUUUCUUCAACUCCGACUCCUGUGCCGGACGCGAGUUCUGCGCAUCUUUUUGGACACUCUGGACAGAAUUCUUGGCUGGGUCCAUCACCAUCCUUGAAGGAAUCGGCAGCAUAGGCGCGCUGGAGUAUAUGCUUCCCCCUCGGGAAUGACCGGAUUGGAACUGUUGUUGAUUCUGAGAAGUCUGCUGCUGGUCGGUAUACGGAAUGCCGUCAAGCAGGUCGCCGUUCUGAUCGAAUAUUUUGUUCACACUGUCUCUUUUCAAAAAGCUGUCCACAUCUCCAACGGGAAGUUCGCUGUUCGGCUGGCUUAUUGAAGGAAACCUUCGGAAAAAGUGACUGUUGCUUCUGGAGUUCGUUACAGCCUGCGCUUGAGGUAUCUGGUAUUGUGUCUGUUGUGGGGUCAACUGCGUCGGUUGCUGCUGCUGUUGCUGCUGUGGCGGGAUAAAAGGCUCCAACUGUUCGCUCGGGCGUCGUCCGUAAACAUGAUCACCGGGCCCCGAGUGUAUCAUCCGUUCUGAGGAAUAGGGCUGGAGGAAGUUCUGCAUAGUCCCGUUGUGGCUUCCUGGAGGAUACGCAAACAUAUACUCUCUCUGGAUAUCGUUGUAAGGGAACCCUUCAGGGGGUUGCUGCUGCGAGGCACCGCUGAAGCUCCCCGGAGGAGCAUUUGAGUCAAACGAAAACCGUGGGAAAAAGAAGCUGUCCUGACGCGGAAACAUGCCAGAAAUCGAGUUGUUGUGCAUCUGAUCGCCUCCCACAGCCGUGUUUCCAGCUUGGUAGUAGUCGGUGGGCACGCCAGACGACCCGGUCAACAGCGAGUCCCGUCUAUUGGCAAAAUUAAAGGAUGCCUCAUCGGGAGCCGGGUUGUGCUUGCUGCUCGCUUUGCUGUUCAGGGGGUCUGUCUGUGUGCCAUUUCCAGGGUCUGGGUGCUGUGAUGAGUAUAUCAUCGGCAUAAAACAGGACCCUUUCGUAAUAUCACUCAGUCUUCCACUGGGCCAAUUUACGUAAAAUGUUUUGUUUAUGCCACUUGCUGGAGCAAGUAUAGAGGGCAAUGAGAUAAUGCAUUACGUAACAACGCAAAUCGAUUGGCUUCCAUGCCUGGCUGCCGUACAGAGCAAC